AUAUGGAUUAUUUCAAUACAGUACCAAUAUGAUUGGACUAGAAUCAUUAGCUGAUCCCUCAGAUACUUGGGAAAUCAUAGAGACCAUUGGAAAAGGCACUUACGGUAAAGUCUAUAAGGUUGCCAAUAAGAAAGAUGGGAGUCUGGCAGCAGUAAAAAUUCUGGAUCCUAUCAGUGAUGUGGAUGAAGAAAUUGAAGCAGAAUAUAAUAUUUUACAGUUUCUUCCCAAUCAUCCCAACGUUGUUAAGUUUUAUGGAAUGUUUUACAAAGUGGAUCAAUAUGUAGGAGGACAGCUCUGGUUAGUUCUUGAGCUGUGUAAUGGAGGUUCUGUCACAGAUCUUGUCAAAGGCCUGGUGAAGUGUGGCCAGCGGUUGGAUGAAGCUAUAAUCUCAUACAUCUUAUAUGGUGCUCUCUUGGGCCUUCAGCAUUUGCACAAUAACCGGAUCAUUCAUCGUGACGUCAAAGGGAACAACAUUCUUCUGACAACAGAAGGUGGAGUCAAGCUUGUUGACUUUGGUGUUUCAGCCCAGCUCACCAGUACACGGCUACGCAGAAACACCUCCGUGGGAACGCCCUUUUGGAUGGCACCUGAGGUCAUUGCUUGUGAACAACAGUAUGACUACUCUUAUGAUGCUCGGUGUGACGUAUGGUCCCUGGGGAUCACAGCUAUUGAACUGGGUGAUGGAGAACCACCCUUAUUUGACAUGCAUCCUGUGAAAACACUUUUUAAGAUUCCAAGGUAUGGCACUAGAUGCCAUUUUGAGAACCUUGUACAUAAAGGAUCCAGUCUGUUGCUGCCAGCCAGGCAGAAACAUCACCUAGUUGAGCUGCAGCAGGAACAACCCUGGAGAAAUCCUCCUCCUACUUUACUACAUCCUGACAAGUGGUGCAGAGGAUUCAACCACUUCAUUUCACAGUGUCUUAUUAAGGAUUUUGAAAACCGUCCUUCAGUCACCCACCUUUUAGAGCACCCAUUUAUUAAACAAGCCCAUGGUAAGGAUAUGUCUUUGCAAAAACAGCUGGCUGAUCUCAUCCAAGCACAACAACAGUUAGGCUCCAUAACCAAAACAAGGCAUGAACGAAUACAUACUAGAAGACCUUACCGUGUAGAUGCAGCUGACAAAUACUCUUUGGAUGAUGAUCUGGUGAACCUAGAGGUUCUGGAUGAGGAUACAAUUAUCCAUCAACUACAGAAGCGCUAUGCUGACUUACAAAUUUAUACUUAUGUUGGAGACAUUUUAAUAGCUUUAAACCCGUUCCAGAAUCUCAGCAUAUAUUCUCCACAGUUCUCCAAGCUUUACCAUGGUGUGAAGCAUUCAUCAAAUCCCCCCCACAUAUUUGCAUCUGCAGACACUGCUUAUCAAGGCAUGGUUACUUUCAGUAAAGAUCAGUGCAUUAUCAUCAGUGGAGAAAGCGGUGCUGGAAAGACUGAAAGUGCCCAUCUGAUUGUCCAGCAUUUGACCUUCCUGGGAAAGGCCAAUAACCGUGCUCUGCGUGAGAAGAUUCUUCAAGUGAACCCUCUGGUUGAAGCAUUUGGAAAUGCCUGCACUGCAAUCAAUGAUAACUCAAGUCGUUUUGGAAAAUAUCUGGAAAUGAUGUUCACGCCAACAGGAGCCGUAAUGGGGGCAAAAAUUUCUGAAUAUCUACUUGAAAAAUCCAGGGUCAUAAAACAGGCUGUAGGAGAGAAAAACUUCCAUAUAUUUUAUUACAUAUAUGCUGGCCUUUUUCAUCAGAAGAAACUUUCUGAGUAUAGACUUCCCGAAAAAAAACCUCCUAGAUACAUUGAUAAUGAAACUGGAAGAGUAAUGCAAGAUAUUAUUACUAAAGACUCAUACAGACGACAAUUUGAAGCAAUUCAACAUUGCUUUAGGAUCAUAGGGUUUACUGAUGAGGAAGUGCAUUCGGUGUACAGAAUUCUGGCUGGGAUCCUAAAUACUGGAAAUAUUGAGUUUGCUGCCAUUUCUUCCCAACACCAGACUGAUAAAAGUGAAGUUCCAAACCCAGAAGCCUUAGAUAAUGCUGCUGCACUGCUAAGUAUUGGGUCAGAAGAACUUCAAGAAGCUCUAACUUCUCACUGUGUUGUAACACGAGGAGAGACUAUUGUCCGAACAAACACUGUGGACAAAGCAGCUGACGUGAGAGAUGCCAUGUCUAAAGCACUUUAUGGGCGACUCUUCAGCUGGAUAGUAAAUCGUAUUAAUACAUUGCUACAGCCAGAUAAAAACAUAUGGCAACCUUUAGGCAACUCUAAUGGAAUGAAUGUUGGGAUACUAGAUAUCUUUGGAUUUGAGAACUUCACAAGAAAUUCCUUUGAACAACUGUGCAUAAACAUUGCCAAUGAACAAAUCCAGUUUUAUUUCAAUCAACACAUCUUUGCACUUGAACAGAUGGAAUAUCAGAAUGAGGGGAUUGAUGCAACUACAGUGGUAUAUGAAGACAAUCGCCCACUUUUAGAUAUGUUCCUCCAAAAACCAAUGGGACUGCUGUCACUACUUGAUGAAGAAAGUCGAUUUCCCCAGGCAACAGAUCUGACUUUAGUUGAUAAAUUUGAAGAUAAUUUAAGAUACAAAUACUUUUGGAGACCCAAAGGAGUGGAGCUGUGUUUUGGCAUCCAGCACUAUGCUGGAAAGGUAUUAUAUGAUGCCUGUGGUUUCCUUGAGAAGAACCGGGACACACUUCCAGCUGAUAUAGUGGUGGUGUUAAGAACGUCAGAGAACAAACUUCUUCAGCAGCUGUUCUCUAGUCCAUUGACCAAAACAGGUCCACCUUCACUGCUCCUUCACCAUACAACAAGCUGCAAAGUCAUCUUUUUGAGCCUUAUCUGUAAAAGAAAAUUUGGAAUCAAGGGCAGAAAAGGUAAUUUGGCACAGGCAAGAGCUAGAGUGACUGCAGCAUCCAGGUCCUUGCCUCCACAGCUUAGUGCUGGGCGCCUCAAGGUUGACACAAUGGAGAUGAUGCGACACCCUGAAGAAACCACCAACAUGAAGAGGCAAACUGUGGCUUCUUAUUUUAGGUAUUCACUGAUGGACCUCUUAUCCAAAAUGGUUGUUGGACAGCCUCACUUUGUCCGCUGCAUUAAACCUAAUGAUGAUAGAGAAGCACUGAAAUUUUCCCAUGAAAGAGUUCUAGUGCAGUUACGGUACACUGGAAUUCUAGAAACUGUCAAAAUACGUCAGAAAGGGUAUUCUCACCGCAUCCUCUUUGAAGAAUUUGUGAAAAGGUAUUACUACCUUGCUUUCAAGGUGCAUGAGACCCCUCUGGGUAGCAGAGAGAACUGCAUUGCUAUUUUGGAGAAAUCAAAACUUGACAACUGGAUCCUUGGGAAAACAAAGGUUUUUCUAAAGUAUUAUCACAUAGAGCAUUUGAAUUUGUUUCUGCGAGAAGUCAUAGGCAGGGUGGUGGUCAUGCAAGCCUAUAUCAAGGGGUGGCUUGGAGCUAGAAGAUAUAAGAAGGUCAAAGAAAAACGAGAAAAUAGUGCUCUUGCCAUUCAGUCAGCCUGGAGAGGAUAUGAAGCUCGCAGGAAGUACAAGGAAAUAAGGAACAGAAGAACUGAUGCUGCUAUACAUAUUCAAGCAGCUUUCAGGGGAUACAUUGUUCGUAAAAAUUAUACAAGAUUGAAAAGCAGCAUUGGCUACGCAGCUGACCUUGAGCCUGUGAGCAGCUGCUCUGCCCCAAAUUUUGGCUGUGAAGAUCACUGGCAGCAAACUGAUAAUGCAGCUUCUCCUGCAGAGCGUGAUUGUCUUGACAAACAAACACAAAAGGAUUCAGAUAAGAGUCCCACAUCUCAGUUUCAACUAAAGCAUUUGCUCCAACCAAAAGAUUCACAGUCAGUAAGCCAAUCCCACUCAGUUGCAGAUCAUCGAUUCAUAAGUCCCCUGGGAUCCCAUAAAAAACAAGGUUCAGAAAACUAUCUUGAACAGAAGCUGAGAACACCUCGUCGACGAUGUCAGCAGCCCAAAAUGCUGAAUAGCCCUGAGGACAACAUGUACUAUAACCAGUUAAAUGGAGCUCUAGAAUAUCAAGGGAGCAAGAGGAAGCCAAGAAAACUUGGCCAAAUCAAAGUGCUUGACAGAGAGGAUGAAUAUUACAAAUCAUUGUCAGCUAUUGAAUCCAUCCCUGAAGAUGACAACUCCCUCAACUCUCCAUCUCCUACUUCCUCAAGAGGAGUGUCCUUUGCUCAGAGCUGAAUUUUACCAUUUAUUCUCUGGUCUAAUGCUGGUCGCCUCGGGACGACGCGUGAAGCCACAGAGACCCGUCCCGGAGGCCCCUCGGCUGCCGCGGCGGCGGGGCUCCCGCGCCCGGGGACCUCCCGGCUGAGCCCGGCCUUAGCCCCGCUGCUUCCGAGCCAGCCAAGUGCUUGCGAGAGGGAUCGCGGGCUCGUGUCCAAGUUUCACGUUUCAUCUUUGUGGCCAAAAGAAGAAAAAACCCACAACCUCCCGCCGCUGCUGUUUACUCGUGAGCUUUGUAGCGCAGAUGACAACUGCUGGAAUUGCCCCUGCCCCUCCCACCUUAGCGCCUCUCUCCGCCGCCGGGAUCCCGCUCAAGGCCGCCUCUUCUCAGCCUGCUUCCCGCAUUCUCCCUCAUCUUUGAUGUCUCUUUACUUUACAUUAGGAUGUAGCAGCAACCCGUUUCUCCGGAAAAUGGGGCUUUGUGUAACGGAGUUGACAUUUGGCCUUGCUACCUGUAUCUCCCGAUAAGUGAAACAAAUUUCUAAAAUAAAUAUUGUACUUUGA